AGAGGCAACACAAGGAGCUAAACACAAAAAAGAAAAAAAAAAACAUCCAUCUCUAUUCGAAACGUAAACAUAUCGAGUCAGGAAAAAUCUAACAAGAUUACAAAAGACAUUAUUCAGGCAACAUUCCAGUUUUUAAAUUGAAUUUAUCGUCAACCCCGUGAAAGUUAAUCAGCGCAAACAACCGCACACACAAUUUACAUAACCAGAAGAGGCAUCGACAUCGACAUCGGCAACGGCAUCGGCAUCGGCAUCAUUGGCACAAAGAUCGGCGACUCUUAUAUAAUUAUACACAGUCUAUACUCCUUAGCAAAUCAUGACGGGUUACAAUUCCAAUGGCGAUGUGGCCACCAGCAAUGCCAAUGGCCAUCAGAACGGACACAACGGGAGCAGCAACAACAAUGGCAACAGGCAACUGACAGCCGAUUAUACAGCCCAAGAGAAUCACACCAAUAACAUUAAUAGCCAAGAGAAAAUCCAAUGCUAUCUUUCAACCGAAGAACUUAGAGCAUUACGCGUAAUGAAUGAAGACACGUAUCCCUAUGAGGUUAUUCAGGAAAUUGCCGAUUUCAUUGUGAAGGGCUCGAACAUGCGUCCCAAGAUUGGUAUCAUUUGCGGAUCGGGUCUCGGUUCGUUGGCAGAUAUCAUUCAGGAUGCGAAAGUCUUUGAGUAUGAGAAAAUUCCGAAUUUCCCGGUAUCAACUGUGGAGGGACACGCCGGUAAAUUGGUUGUGGGCAAUCUGGAGGGAGCCGUUGUCAUGGCCAUGCAGGGACGUUUCCAUUUCUAUGAGGGUUAUCCACUGGCCAAAUGCUCCAUGCCCGUGCGUGUGAUGAAAUUGUGCGGUGUCGAAUAUCUAUUUGCGACCAAUGCCGCUGGUGGCAUCAAUCCCAAGUACUCGGUGGGCGACAUUAUGCUAAUGCACGAUCACGUAAAUAUGCUUGGAUUUGCUGGCAAUUCCCCGCUGCAGGGACCCAACGAUCCUCGCUUUGGUCCACGUUUCCCCGCACUGGUCAACUCGUACAACAAGGAACUGAUUAACAAGGCACUCGAAAUUGGCAAGCAGAUGGGCAUCGAGGCUAAUAUGCAUGUGGGCGUGUAUUCUUGCCUAGGUGGACCCACCUAUGAGACUAUUGCCGAGCUGAAGGCUCUUCGCAUGAUGGGCGUCGAUGCCGUUGGCAUGUCCACGGUGCAUGAGGUCAUCACUGCCCGCCAUUGCGACAUGAAGGUAUUCGCCUUCAGUUUGAUCACCAACAAAUGUGCCACCGAAUACAGCGAUAAGAAGGAUGACGAGGCUAAUCACGACGAAGUCAUGGCCGUGGCUAAGAAUCGGCAAAAGGCAUGCUGCGAGCUAGUUGCACGUCUCAUUCGUCAAAUUCAAGCAUCGUCAUAGGCAAUCAUUUGUCGGGAUUCCAGACAAGAUUACCACCUACCACGAAGCAGCAAGGAUUGAACUCUAAAUUUAACUCUAGUUGAAAGUUUAGUCACUUAUUUCGUAUUUAAGUCAUGGCCGGAUCACUUCCCAAAAUUUACAGUAUAAGCAAUAAUUUUAGAUUUUAAUUAAAUUAUAAUAAAAAUAGGAAUAACCCAAACAA